GGUGGCAGAGGACGCCUUUUCACACCUCAACAGGAAGAGGCUAUAUGCACCAUGGUCCGAGCAAACAAUGCUAUGAGACUCAGGGAAAUACAAAGGACCAUUAUAGAAGACAACGAUGUCUUUGAAAACAUCCGUACUGUUAGCAUCUCAACCAUUGACAGGGUGCUGCAUAGAAACCAGAUGAGUAUGAAACAGCUGUACCGUGUACCAUUCCAAAGGAAUGAGGACCGAGUUAAGGAGAUACGGUACCAGUAUGUACAGCGUAUAAUGGAGUUGGAAUCAAGUGAACCCUCUCACAACUUUGUAUACAUGGAUGAGGCUGGCUUCAACCUGACCAAAUGCAGAAGGCGGGGUAGGAAUGUCAUCGGUCAGAGAGCUACUGUGGAUUUGCCAGGCCAAAGGGGAGGAAAUAUCACCAUGUGUGCUGCUAUUUCAGAGCAUGGCGUCCUAACCCAUAUCCCCCUUAUAGGACCAUACAACACCCAGCAUCUACUCAACUUUUUAGAGACUCUCUACAGGGCUCUCAUCCCUGAUGAUGAGAGGGGUCUGUUUAGAGAGGAUUUGCCAAAGUAUGUUGUCAUUUGUGAUAAUGUGAGUUUCCAUCGAUCAAACAUCAUAAGGCAAUGGUUUGUGACCCACCCGAGGAUGCUCAUAGAAUUCCUUCCACCUUAUUCUCCAUUCCUUAACCCAAUUGAGGAGUUCUUUUCAGCAUGGAGGUGGAAGGUGUAUGAUCAUCAGCCACACACACAGAUGACCCUGCUGGCUGCAAUGGAUGCAGCAUGUGAGGACAUCACAGUAGAUGCCUGCAGAGGAUGGAUAAGGCAUUCCAAAAGAUUCUUUCCACGUUGCAUUGGAAGGGAAAAUAUCCGGUGUGAUGUGGAUGAGAAUAUGUGGGCCGACAGACAGGAACGUCUGGAUGUGUAGAGACAGCACUAGAAACAGUGCUGCAGGCAAAGUUGUGCCUUAGGGGUGUUUCCUGUGUUUUAGUUUUUAUUUUACUUUGUGCCCCUUGUCUUUUUCUUACUGUAAAUUAUUUUGUUGUUUUCUUUCAUAAAGUAGCACUAGUAAAGCUGUGAAAAACAAAAUCAAUUUUGUCUCUUUCAAUCAAUAACCCACAUAGAGUAAUAUGUAUAUAGUACUGUUGAAAUUGAUUUAUGCCAUAGAAGUGCAGCCUUGUGCAUUUUCAGUACAGUAACCGUCAUCCAAACUGUAGCCUAAGUUUACAUCUGGUAAUACUGUCAAAGUACACACAGUUACAUUGACAACAUGCCUAAACAUUUUGACGAGCUUGUUCGUGAACAAUGACUCAAUGACUUAUCAUUCUGAUGGCACUGACAUGAUCGUUGGCAUGAAUAUUUACUUUUGAGAGAUGUACUAAGGAUUUUUAGUGACUGACUAGCUUUAGAAACAUAUCUAUUGUAUAUUGCAAUUUGUACAAAUUGUUCUGAGGAAUGCACUUAUUAUUUUGCACAUGUUAGGGAUGAUGUGA